AUGAAAUCGCGGCUAGGAUCAGUCUGGUCAGCAUCCGUACGAUCCUUGCUGACGUCAAUAGAAAGCUCAAAUCACUUGGAUCGUUCCAGCAAAGCAUGCAUUCUACGCACGGGCCUGGCUCCGAAAUCGCUCUUCCGCAUUGCGAUCAGCCUUGUGGUGACCAACUGCAUGACGCCCAAUACCGUGGCUUCUAUCCUCAAAUCCCAUACAUCCCGCACAGCCCGACUUGGCGACCUCAACUCGCUGCAGCGACUGCGCUCGACUAAGUUCUUUCUAGGCAAGGGUCCAGCUCUGAUUCCCUUCUUCCACAACUGGUGCAGUCUUAUGGCGGGCGACGGGACCAGGAAGCUCCUCAUAAUCAUGGGCUCCAUUCUCCGGCCGAAAACUGCUCGGCCCAACCCAGCCAGACUCCUCGAGGUCAAUAUCGAUACGCUGCGAGGACUGCCACGUGGGCCGCAUCAGAAUCGACUCGAUCCGAACGCCCUCCACCAGACCGCUCGGGCUAAGUUCCGCAGAUCACGAAAUGUUGUGGUCGCCGAUAAAUCGCAGUUCUGCGCCCUCUCGAUAAGUAGGCUGCUCAGGACUCGGCGGGUGAGCAGCCCGCGGGCGGCGCGGCGGCACUUCUGUGGCGGUGGGUGGCGCCCCUUGCAGCAGAAGAUGCGAUUGACAUACCAGAGCAUUAAUGGUAUGCUAGGCGACGAAACGUGGAAAAAUGCGGCGAGAGGGUGCGAGGGGUUGAAAAAGGGCGACGGACGCCAAGAGGCGGCAAAGAGGCAACACCGAGCCGGCGCAGCCACAUGCUACCGCGGAAUAUACAGCGUCUCCACCCAGUUGCUAAUCCAUAAAUUCCCUUGUUUGUCCACAUCAAAAGUUGCGAUUUUCGCCCACGCCGGGCUACCCGCGACUACGGUCAUUCAGUUAGGAUUAGACGACUCGGCAGUACCAUCGCCUCUGAACCUUCCGACUAGAGAUGUUCAACAAGAACAAAAUAGUCCACGCCCUCCAGGAACAAAAAGGGGUAAUCGUCUGAAGAGACACUAUACUCUGAAUUUCAUCAAGGAGUCACCUUGGUCUGUGUAUGAGAAACAUGUCGAUGUAUCUUACAAAACACCCCGACAUUCAUGCAUUGUGGCACAGAAGCGAAGCAAAGGCAAUGCCAGAGUUCAUAUCAAGAAGAUUGUAGAGCAUUCCAAAGAAGCCACUGCCAAUCGUCUGCUGCUGCUUCAGUCCGCUCCAAUUCUUUUCGUCCCCAUUCUCGAAGUUUACGAGCAACCAUCGUCUAUGUACCUUGUUUACGAGCUGGUCGAGCACACCCUCCAGGAUUUAGUUCGAAGCCAGCACUCCCUCGAGAUCAAAGAGCUAGGGGCCAUAGUGAAACAGAUGCUUGAAGGACUCAUCUACCUCGAAGUAAACGGGGUAGGGCUCCUAGACCUCGAGUGUGCGGACAUUAGGUUCAGGCCAAACGGCUGCCUCCAGAUAGUGGCGUCUCGUUGGAUCAGCUCUGUCGAGUAUAUCUUCACUGCGGCUGAUACUCUUAUCCAUGGUGCUGUAGCUGAUAUUCGAUAG